CAGAAACGUGUGGUGAAUGUGUAUCGUCUCAUCACACGGGGCACGCUGGAGGAGAAGAUCAUGGGUCUGCAGAAAUUUAAGAUCACCAUUGCAAAUACAGUCAUCAGCCAAGAGAACGCCAGUCUACAGAGCAUGGGCACAGAACAGCUGCUCAACCUCUUCACACUGGACAAGGAUAAAGCAGAGAAGAGCGAGGCAGCAGGGUCAUCAUCGUCUGGUAAAGCUAAUAUGAAGUCUGUUCUGGAUGGGCUGGGUGACCUGUGGGACCAACAGCAGUACGAGAACGAAUACGACCUGGACAGCUUCAUGCACUCACUUAAAUGAGCCCAGUUCAACACGCACAAAAAAAACAACACCGAAAUGACUUGAAGCCGUCUGAUUGGACAACGGAGAGAUGUGUGCAAGCACUGUAGCUUAUCGGCCUUAAACACUCCAGUCUAACGCUCGUCACAGUCUUACAGCUCUUUCUCUUCCUGUAGGUUCUUACAAUUCACUCAAGAUUUAUGAUCCAAAACUGUCCAUUAUUAAUGUCGCUGGAGGAACUCUUAAAGCUAACCUUACGAAGUUGAGUGUUGUACAGAUGACAACCUCAGGAUUUCCAGAACUCACCAUCAGUGUCUGUGAUGACAGUAUUUCAGAACUGAAUGAAGAGAGCUGGUGAGACGAGAACUGGAAUGCACUGGAACGCUUCCGCGAUCGCAUAGAAUACGACUCUAAUGGUUCAUCUAGACCACUAGGAGGCGCUUGACUAACUCCUGUAGGAUUAUGAAGGGCUUGUAGCUGCUGCUCCAUCAGAAAUGCACUGACUGAGAUCUUUAGGUACAGCUGGAAGAGCAGCAGGACAAUGGCCUCAGAAACAUUGUAGAGUUUUAAAAGGAGAAAAUGGAACUAAAUAUUUCUGUUAUUUGCCUUUUUGGUAAGCUGGUAGAAUUUUAAUAAAUUCUAAUGAGUUCUUUAAAA